UCAAACCUUGCUAUUUUAAUUUGCAUCUGAGAGAAUGUCUGAGCAAGGGGACCUGAAUCAGACAAUAGUGGAGGAAGGCGGGACAGAGCAGGAAAGGGCCACUCCAGAGAAUGGCAUUGUUAAAUCGGAAAGUCUGGAUGAAGAGGAGAAGCUGGAAUUGCAGAGGCGGCUGGCGGCUCAGAACCAAGAGAGAAGAAAGUCAAAGUCAGGAGCAGGAAAAGGUAAACUGACUCGCAGUCUCGCUGUCUGUGAAGAAUCCUCCAGACCCGGAGGCGAAAAUCUUCAGGAUCAGGAAUCAAUUCAUUUACAGCUUUCCAGUUUUCCCAGCCUGCAAGAGGAUGAUAAAUCUAGGAAAGAUGACUCUGAAAGAGAAAAAGAAAAGGAUAAAAACAAAGAUAAAUCCUCUGAAAAACCCAAGAUCAGAAUGUUAUCAAAAGAUUGCAGCCAAGAAUACACGGAUUCUACAGGCAUAGACUUACAUGAGUUUCUGAUUAACACAUUAAAGAAUAAUUCCAGGGACAGGAUGAUACUCUUGAAAAUGGAGCAGGAAAUUAUUGAUUUCAUUGGUGACAACAAUAAUCAUUAUAAAAAGUUCCCUCAGAUGUCAUCCUAUCAGAGGAUGCUUGUCCAUCGGGUGGCAGCUUACUUCGGGUUGGAUCACAAUGUGGAUCAAACAGGGAAAUCUGUUAUCAUCAACAAGACCAGCAGCACAAGAAUACCAGAGCAAAGGUUUUGUGAACAUUUAAAAGAUGAAAAAGGUGAAGAAUCCCAGAAGCGGUUUAUCUUGAAGCGAGAUAACUCUAGUAUUGAUAAAGAAGACAAUCAGUCAGUUUGCUCCCAGGAAAGCCUUUUUGUGGAAAACAGUAGGGUCUUGGAAGACAGUAACAUAUGCAAUGAGACCUAUAAGAAAAGACAGCUCUUUCGGGGCAACAGAGAUGGCUCAGGAAGAACGUCCGGGAGUCGGCAGAGCAGCUCUGAGAAUGAACUCAAGUGGUCCGAUCACCAAAGGGCCUGGAGCAGCACAGACUCUGACAGCUCCAACCGCAAUCUCAAGCCCGCCAUGACCAAGACGGCGAGUUUUGGGGGCAUCACGGUGCUGACCAGGGGUGACAGCACGUCCAGUACCAGGAGUACCGGGAAGCUGUCUAAAGCAGGUUCUGAGUCUUCCAGCAGUGCCGGUUCGUCAGGAUCACUGUCCCGCACCCAUCCCCCUCUCCAGAGUACACCCCUGGUCUCAGGCGUGACAGCCAGUUCUCCUGGCUGUGUACCCUAUCCAGAGAGUGGAAUGGGGGGCCAGGUUGGUGCCAACAGCACUGGCUAUAUACUCCUUCCACUCGAAGCUGCAACAGGCAUCCCGCCUGGAAGCAUCCUUCUGAAUCCACACACAGGCCAGCCCUUUGUGAAUCCCGAUGGAACCCCUGCAAUAUACAACCCCCCCACCAGUCAGCAAUCCCUGCGAGGCACGAUGGUGGGGCAGUCCCAGCAGCAGCCACAGCAGCAGCCCUCUCCUCAGCCACAGCAGCAGGUCCAGCCACCACAGCCGCAAAUGGCAGGCCCCCUGGUCACUCAGUCUGUCCAGGGGCUGCAGGCUUCCUCCCAGUCAGUGCAAUACCCAGCAGUCUCGUUUCCUCCCCAGCAUCUCCUGCCUGUGUCUCCAACGCAGCAGUUCCCCAUGAGAGAUGAUGUGGCGACACAGUUUGGCCAGAUGAACCUGAGUAGGCAGUCCUCAGGAGAGACUCCUGAGCCCCCAUCUGGCCCUGUCUACCCCCCAUCCCUCAUGCCCCAGCCAACCCAACAGCCCAGCUAUGUCAUCGCCUCUACAGGCCAGCAGCUCCCCACAGGGGGAUUCUCAGGCUCUGCACCUUCCAUCUCUCAACAAGUUCUCCAGGCCCCUCCCUCACCACAGGGAUUUGUGCAACAGCCUCCACCUGCACAGAUGCCCAUAUAUUAUUAUCCAUCUGGUCAGUACCCUACCUCAACUACACAGCAGUACCGGCCCAUGGCCUCAGUUCAGUACAGUGCUCAGAGGGGUCAGCAGUUGCCACAGACAGCACAACAAGCAGGUUACCAGCCAGUCCUGUCUGGUCAACAGGGGUUCCAAAGCCUAAUGGGAGUGCAGCAGCCACCUCAGAGUCAGAGCGUGAUGAGCAACCAGCCAGGAACUCCGGUGCAAAGUGUGAUGGUCUCCUACCCAACAAUGUCUUCUUAUCAGGUGCCAAUGACCCAGGGUUCUCAAGGGCUGCCCCAGCAGUCAUACCAACAGCCAAUCAUGCUACCUACCCAGGCAGGUCAAGGGUCACUACCAGCCAGUGCAAUGCCUGUUUACUGUAAUGUCACACCGCCAACCCCUCAGAACAACCUUAGGCUGAUUGGCCCACACUGUCCCUCCAGCACUGUCCCUGUGAUGUCGGCUAGCUGCAGGACAAACUGUGCGAGUAUAAACAACGCUGGGUGGCAGGUGAAAUUCUGAGCUCUUUGGCUAUGGUGCGUUUCUUCAGAUACUACUCAUGGUCUUUAAGUGAAGAGGAGCAAGGUGGGAAAACUGGCUGAGGACUUAAGUACUUACUCGACAUUCAAAUGAUUGCUGCUGGUAUUCUGUAAAAAAAAAAAAAAAGACUAAUACACACAUUAGCUGGUUAAUGGUGCAUAUUUCUGUCAUGUCUGCUAGGUAUGCCUUUAUAGCUUAGCUAGUGACAUGAAUUCAUCAAGGUAAGAUUUUCUCCUACCACUGAAUACCACUGUGUAGACUAUAAUAUCCCUAAUUUGGAUUAUUAGUUUUGUACUUUGUGUUGAGUUUGUGAUGCUAAAAGUAUUUAAAAAUUAUAUACUGAACUCAUAUUGUACCAAAGCUGUAAUGGAAAAGAAAAGAAUUGAUGAAUGGAAGGAAUAAUUUAUAUACACUAUAGAGUUUUCUUUUUUAAUGGAUAUAUACUGUAUUGUAGUGUUUAAUCAAAAUAAAACUAUUUGACCUUAUGGAGGAAGGUCAUGUUUUUACCACCAGUUUGAUUCA